AUUCCUGUCACAACUGAAACUCCUGGCACUCCUGGCACGCCUGGAACUUCUGGCACGUCUGGAACCCCUGCACCUGGAACACCAGGCACACGGACACCAGGCACACCUGGAACACCAGGCACACCUGGGACACCAGGCACGCCUGGAACACCAGGUACGCCUGGUACUCCUGGAACGUCUGGAACUGCUGGCACGCCUGGAACUCCUGGCACGCCUGGAACUCCUGGCAUGCCUGGAACUCCUGACACGCCUGGAACUUCUGACACGUCUGGAACUCCUGAAACAGCUAGUACUCCUGGCACUCCAUCUGAAACAGUUGGAACAUCUGGCACGCCUGGUACGACAGGAACACAUAAUCCAUCUGGCACUGCUGGAACGCCUGAAAGACCAGAUUCAUCAAGUACAAAUGAAACUUCUGAUUCUUCUCAAUCCAUUGGCACUACUGCACUUAAAUUAACAACCACUCCAACUCCUGGUAAUACCGGUACAGAUAGCAAUAAGGAUACACCAAACUCCUUAGCGACACAAAGCACGCAUGGAUUAAAUACCACUGCAACAGUAACUCGUACACCAAACACGCCUGGGGAAAUUGAAACAACAAGCACACAUAGUACACUAACAACGACUAUUCUAUCCGAUUUUUCAACAAGUGCACAUCAUACACCUGAAACUCCAGUCACUCCUGAAAUUACAAUAAAUACAGAAGCUUCAAGCACAUUUAAAACCACAGAAACUCAGGCUGGUCCAAAACUUCCAACAACUGAAGCUACAAUGAGCACAGAAACUCCUGGUAGUCCGGAAACUCCAGUCAUUAACAAAACUCCAGAAACUACAGCCACUGAAACUGCAGUGAGCACAAAAACUCCUAGUAGUCCAGAAUCUUCACCGACAACUGAAGCCACACAAUCUUCGAAUAUUCCAGUAUCUCCAAUUACUCCUGAAGUUACAGUAGGCACAGAAACUCCUGGUAGUCCGGAAUCUCUAGUCACUACUAAAACUCCAGAACCUACAGCCACUAAAGUCACAGUGAGCACAAAAUCUCCUAGUAGUCUUGAAUCUUCAUCCACAACU